AUGUCAUCUAAAAACUAUAAAUUGAUUCAUUAGAAAAUUGCAAAUACUACCCGUUACAGAGAUGAUCCAUUAUCAAUCAAUAAUAAAUACUAUGUUCGAUUAACUUAAGAUUCUACUAGAGUUCUAGAUCUGAUAGAAAAGGAUAAGUAAAUCCCACAUAAAUCUAUGAUUGAUCGAUUUUGGGGCCACAAAACUCAAAGACUGCCUGAACCUGUACAUUAAGAAGAAAAACAUGUUCAAUUGCCACAGGAAAUUGUACCUUAACAGGAAAAGCAAGAAACUCUACCUUAAAUUGAAAAAUAAACUGAAACUUAAUUCAAGAAAACCAUCAGCCUGAAAUAAUUUAAGGAAAGUUUACUAUAUGAUGAAAGAACUAGUUCUAUACCUAAAACCACUAUGCAUAAUCAUAUAGUUGAAGAUCUAAUUAGAGAUAGUGAUAUUUUCUUAAAGAAGUCUGAAUUGCUCGAGCAAGUCCAAAGUUUGAAAAGAUUAAAAGUGUUAAAGAAAUAUGAAGCUAAUCAUUCUAACCUUCCGGGAGUAGGUAAAUUGCCAUAUAUUAUCAACGAUUAUCAUUCAAAAAGUACCAAUCCUGGAUACUCGAGGAAUAAUAAAGGAAAUUUUUUUACAAGAUGA